AUGAGUGAUUUCUCGUUGAAGAAUGAUACAUGGUUCAAGUACAUGUUCCAAAUUAGAUCAAAAUGGAUACCUGCUUACUUCACAGACACUCCAAUGUUCGGUCUGAUGAGAACAACCUCAAGGUCAGAAAGCGAAAAUGCUUUUUUUUCAUAUUUCACAAGACAAGGAGCAAAUUUGGUACACUUUAUGAGUGGCUUUGAAUCUGCAAUGUUGAAGCAAAGGUCAACACAGGAGAAGCUGGAUGCUGAUGACAUAAAAAAAAGCCGAACAUUGUGCACCAAACUGAAUAUUGAAAAGCAUGCUUCAAAAAUAUACACAAAAACAGUUUUCGAGAUUGUUCAGAAAGAGAUAGAGGCUUCGCUAUAUGCAUGUUCAGUGGAUCAGAUGACUAUCGAGGGUGAUUGUAAAGUUUAUCUUAUUAACGAAAGAUUAGGGAAGAAAACACUGGACACUGGAAAAAAUGUGAUACAAUACAAGGUACUUUAUAACCGGCAAGAUGGAUCGGUGAUGUGUACUUGUAGACACUACCUUCGUUACGGUCGCCUAUGCCGACAUUGUUUUGUGGGUCUGAACAACAAUAAUGUGGAAGAGAUACCUGCACAAUACAUAAUGAGGCGAUGGACGAAAGGAAUCAUACAACCAGAUUUGAGAUCGAGGAGAAACAGAUUCAAGAAUGCAAAUAUGGGUACUCAAAAGCUGGUUACUGAUGUAACCUCGGUUGUUGAAGAUUGCUUGCAUCUACUUGUUAAUGAUGAAAAAAAGCUCACAGAAUUUCUGGAAAAAAUGAAAGACUUGAAGAAAAAAGUUGAGGAUGAAAUACCGAAACAACCCUCAAAGAAAAAAAAUGACGUUAUAGAAAAAAUGACGGGUGUUCCUAAGCCGGAUACAAAUAGAAUAAAAAACCCACCAGUUAGCUCAUACAAAGGGUGCUUCAGAGACAAAUGUUUGAUGGGUGGAAAAGAAAAGGGGAUUAUAGAAAGUAACAAAAGAAAGACUAAUUGCAGCCUGUGUGGAGGGACAAAUCACAACAUGAGGACUUGUGGACAAAAGAAACAAAAACCGAAUUAG